UUGCCAAGAUUUGUCACCUGACCGUCUUCGUUAGCUCGCCGCGCCCACCGAUGCGUAGCCGUCCCGGCCGACUACAGCCGGAAAGAUAAACAAACAGUCCUUGAGGAAGGUUAUCUGUAUCAGUUGAUUUCUGUUACCUUGUGUCAAAGAUGUUGUUUUGACGAUCACGAAGUGUUUCUCAACUUUACCUAUGAUCAUUUACACUUUCUAAACCCUAGAAGUUGGAGAAGAAGAAGGUAGUGCACAUGACAGGCAACGAAUUUCGCUUCUUCUUGUCUUGCGAUAUCAAUCUUCCGGUAACCUUUCGGGUUGAGCGGCUUGAAGGCAGUCUGCCCCUUCGGAAGUCCUCGAAUUCAGAGAAUGUUGCCCCAGAAGAGGAUAGGAGGCCUGAGUUAUAUGUUGAGUGUGCAUUGUACAUUGAUGGCGCACAGUUUGGCCUUCCCACAAGAACAAGGUUGGAAUCUACAGGACCAUCGUAUUAUUGGAAUGAGCUCAUCACAUUGACAACUAAAUACCGAGAUUUAACUGUUCAGUCACAACUUGCUUUUACUGUUUGGGAUGUUUCUCAAGGGACAGAAGAAGGGUUGAUUGGAGGAGCCACAAUUCUUCUCUUUAACAGCAAAAAACAACUUAAAACUGGGAAGCAAAAGCUUAGGCUUUGGGCAGGAAGAGAGGCAGAUGGAACUUAUCCUACUAGCACUCCUGGAAAGGUCCCUAGGCACGAGCGUGGGGAGUUGGAACGUUUGGAAAAGCUGGAAAACAAGUAUGAGCGAGGUCAGAUAAACCCCAUUGAUUGGCUGGAUCGCCUCACAUUCAAAACUAUGGAGAAAAUUAAGGAAUGUGAAAGCUUACAAAAUGGAAGCUCUCAUUUGUACUUGGUUGUGGAUUUCUGUAGUUUUGAGCAUCAAGUUGCUUUUCAGGAAUCAGGUGCAAAUUUUUUAUUGCCAUCCCCUAUAGCUUCAACCAAUGAUAUUGUUAUUGUCUGGGACCCAGAAGUGGGAAAGAUAAAUCCCUCUGAGCACAAGCAAUUAAAGUUGGCAAGGAGCUUGACUCGUGGUGUUAUAGAUAGAGAUCUGAAGCCAAGCUCAAUUGAGAGAAAGUCCAUACAAAGAAUACUAAAAUACCCUCCAACAAGAACAUUGAGUGGAGAUGAGAGGCAGCUCUUAUGGAAAUUCCGUUUCUCUCUGAUGUCUGAAAAGAAGGCUCUCACGAAGUUCCUUCGUUGUGUUGAAUGGAGUGAUAUCCAGGAAGCAAAACAAGCUGUGGAAUUGAUGGGAAAAUGGGAAAUGAUUGAUGUCUGUGAUGCGCUUGAACUCUUAUCUCCUGUUUUUGAAAGUGAAGAGGUCCGUGCAUAUGCAGUUAGUGUUCUUGAAAGAGCAGAUAAUGAAGAGCUUCAGUGUUACUUGCUUCAAUUGGUUCAAGCUCUUCGAUUUGAGCGCUCUGAUAAAUCUCGCCUUUGUCAUUUCCUUGUCGGACGUGCAUUACGCAAUAUUGAAUUUGCCAGCUUUCUUCGCUGGUAUGUAACUGCUGAACUCUAUGAUCCUGCAUAUGCCAAACGGUUUUAUUGCACAUAUGAGAUUCUGGAGGAGAAUAUGCUGAAGGCAGCUAAUGGUGUGAAUGGAGAGGAAGAUGGGUUUAAAUUGUGGCAGAGUUUGGUGCGUCAGACAGAAUUAACUGCUCAAUUGUGUUCAGUCUCAAGAGAAGUAAGGGGUACCCGUGGUAAUACCCAAAAGAAGAUUGAAAAGCUUAGACAUGUACUUUCUGGGAUUCUUAGUGAACUUACCUAUUUCGAAGAGCCUAUACGUUCACCCUUGGCACCAAAUAUCCUCAUAACUGGGAUUAUACCAUCAGAGUCAUCAAUAUUUAAGAGCGCAUUGCAUCCAUUGCGACUUACCUUUAGAACGGCAAAUGGCGGUACUUGUAAAAUCAUAUUUAAGAAGGGAGAUGAUAUUCGGCAGGAUCAGUUGGUUGUCCAAAUGGUCUCACUCAUGGACCGAUUGCUAAAGUUAGAAAAUCUUGAUCUGCACUUAACGCCAUACAAAGUGCUCGCAACUGGGCAAGAUGAAGGCAUGUUAGAAUUCAUUCCAUCUCGUUCAUUGGCACAGAUCCUGUCAGAGCAUCGUAGUAUUAUCAGCUAUUUGCAGAAGUUUCAUCCUGAUGACCAAGGUCCUUUUGGCAUUACAGCUGCCUGUCUUGAAACAUUUAUUAAAAGCUGUGCUGGCUACUCUGUUAUAACAUAUAUACUUGGGAUUGGAGACAGGCAUUUAGACAACCUCCUCCUUAGAGAUGAUGGGCGUCUUUUCCAUGUUGAUUUUGGCUUCAUUCUUGGGCGAGAUCCUAAGCCAUUUCCGCCACCGAUGAAGCUUUGCAAGGAAAUGGUUGAGGCUAUGGGGGGAGCUGAGAGCCAAUAUUACACAAGGUUCAAGUCCUAUUGUUGUGAAGCAUACAACAUCCUUCGCAAAUCUAGCAACCUAAUUUUGAACUUAUUUUAUUUAAUGGCGGGUUCCAAUAUUCCUGACAUUGCUUCUGAUCCUGAAAAAGGAAUUCUGAAGCUUCAGGAGAAGUUUCGGUUAGACUUGGAUGAUGAAGCUAGCAUACAUUUCUUCCAGGAUCUUAUCAAUGAGAGUGUUAGUGCCUUGUUUCCCCAGAUGGUUGAGACCAUUCAUCGCUGGGCUCAGUAUUGGCGCUAACCCCAUUAUUAUUAGCUCGAAUUUCAAACAGAACUGUGCCUGUGCGUUUCUUGUUUCUUGUUUCUCCUUUAAGUCUCACCUCAACAAAUUCAAGUGUGGGGACUUCUGCCCUCAUCUUCCUCACACUUGCUCCCUUGUUUGCAGCUUCAGAUGUCCGGAGGCUUCUGAAUUCUGUAUAUAUUCUUGGAACUUCAUCAUCUGGAAGGCAGUGAGUUUGUCUGCUACUGUAUAUAAUAUAUAGUUUCUUUUAUUCUCCUGGCUAAAUUUAUAUCAACACGCCAGCUUAACUUAAUUUCUGUGUCUUCUUCUAACUUAUGGCCGCUUAGGUUGAAUAGAAUUUCUCGUGUCUAGAUUACGUUGUCAAUUAUAAUCUCGUACUUCAUGAACUCUUUUUUGAAGUAGGGUUAAUUUUCGCCUACCUUUUGUAGGAUUCUCAGAUUAUUCUUGCAAUUAUGUUGGUGAUAAUCGAGUUGAAGUUUUUAAAUUAAAA